AUGGGCGGCGCCCGGCACGCGGGCUGGGUGGCGGCGGGCUUGGUCCUGGGCGCCGGGGCCUGCUACUGCGCGUACCGGCUGGCGCGGGGCCGGCGGCGAGGCGACCGCGAGCCUCGGCUGAGACCCUCGGAGUCCGCAGAAGACUUAACUAAUGGCUCCUGUGAUGAUGUUCUAAAUCCUGAACAACUUCAGAAGCUCCUUUACCUGCUCGAAUCAACUGAAGAUCCUAUAAUUAUUGAAAGAGCUUUGGUCACUGUUGGUAAUAAUGCAGCCUUUUCAGCUAACCAAGUCACUAUUCGUGAGUUGGGUGGUAUUCCAAUUGUUGGAAGCAAAAUAGACCAUCCCAACAUCAGCAUUAAAGAGAAGGCUUUAAAUGCACUGAAUAACCUGAGUGUGAAUGUUGAAAAUCAAAUCAAGAUAAAGGUGUACAUGAGUCAGGUCUGCGAUGAUGUCCUCUCCGGCCCUUUGGACUCCGCCGUGCAGCUGGCCGGCCUGAGGUUGUUGACAAACAUGACGGUCACCAACGACCACCAGCACCUGCUCAGCAGCUCCCUCACGGGCUUCUUCCGUGUGCUGCUCACCGGGAACGGCAGCACCAAGGUUCAAGUUUUGAAACUGCUUUUGAAUAUGUCUGAAAACCCAGCCAUGACAGAAGGACUACUUGGUGCCCAAGUGGAUUCAUCGUUCCUUUCCCUUUAUGAUGGCCACGUAGCAAAGGAGAUUCUUGUUCGAGUUCUUACGCUAUUUCAGAAUAUAAAUAACUGCCUCAAAAAGGAAGGCUAUUUAGCUCUGCAGCCUAAUUUCACUAAAGAUUCACUAUUUUUCCUGUUAUAUGGAGAAGAAUGUGCCCAGAAAAUGAGAGCUUUAGUUUAUCACCAUGAUGCGGACGUGAAAGAAAAGGUAACAAUAAUACAAAAAUUGUAAUUGGUCGGCCAUGUUUUUCCAAAGAGUAAUGCAGUCUGGAAGCAAUUCACGUAAGUUUAUUUUUCAUUUUCCUUAAAAUGAAUUCUUUCAGCUGCUGAUUUUUAAGUAGUAAAUUAUCACAACUCCUUAGCACAGUUACAGCUUGCCAUGGUUUUCUGGUGUAUUUUGGACCAUUUUAUUGAUACAAACUGAAUAUAAAAGCUUAUUCUGCAACCAUUGAUAUCUUUAUUUUGUAUCUGUUUGUUGAGAUACUUCAACUAUUUGCAUGAAGUGAGCUUUUUUCUACUGUGUCAGGUGACUUGCAGUUACUCCUGAGGCAGGAUUGGUUAUGUAAUGAGUUGUUUCAGAACUGCCUGGGAUGACCUCGUUUCUAGUAGUGAUGAGUUCCUGAGAGCUCUAGUCCAUCUGCCACCCCAGAUAUACUGCUUCAAGCCUGUUGUAAUCAUUAGAAUCUGUUCUAGCUAAUGAAAACAGUAAACUUCUAGGAGAAAUGUGUCCUAGUACUAACUGCCAUUCAGUGUGUCAAUAUGCAAAGAUGCUAUACAUGAAAUACUGGGACCAAUUGAAAUAUCCAUUGGUGAUUGGACAAAUCAAUGAGUUAGUCUUUAAAAAUAACAAACCAGGUCCGAAUAUGCUGAUGUGGGAAAAAUCCAUGAAACGUAGGUAUUUUUUAAACAUAUAUAACCCCCUUUGUGGUUUUUAAAUGAAAAAUAUUUAUGCCUAUAUAAUGUACUUCUAGAAUUACUUUUCUAUCUAUACCCUCUUUUACUGUUUAAAUUUUUACUCUGAACAUAAAUUUUACAGUUAGAGGGGAAUCACAAGGUUGUUUUUUCCUCUUAAUUGAUAGUACUAAAUUUGCAUAUUUUGUGACUUUAGGCUAAAGUCACAGCUACUUUUAAAAUUUCUCAGCUACUUUUUUAACUAGUAUCUUAGUCCACAAAAGCUACUAAAACAAUACUGUUAUCUUUUAUUUCAACAAAGUUUUUAUAAUUAUCAAGUUCAUAGCACCACCAUGCUUAGUAUUAAAUAGGUACGCAAACAGAUGCUUUCAUGUUCAUUUAAGACAAAGCUUUAAAUUUCAUUUAUACAUACAUGGUGUCCACAGGAAGUCAGAAAAUCUCAAACAGAAAAAUGCGAAAGUCUCAGGUUAUCCUGAAACAGAAAUCAAACUUGGAAAAAAGGUUUAUGGUAGGAAAAAAUUCAGUGCAAGGUGAAUAUGGCAAUUCAAAUGACCACACUAGUAAUAUAUAUGUGGUGCUUUAGAAUAAUACUUUUAUUUAUGAUGCAAACAUAAGCAUUCCCUGAAAGGCACAUUUCUUUAUAACUUUUUCCUUAAAUCUGCCCCCUUAAUGAAAAUGUGUUCAAAAUAUACACAUUCAAAACCAUGAUUUGGUUUCAUAGUGCUUUUUCAACAUUAGGUUCUAAAACUGUCUCUUCUAGUUUGAAUAAGUAGUCUCAUUUCCUGGCAGUCAGAUGAAAUGUCAGAAUGCUAGAGAAAAGGAGUAAUUUUUAACUACCCAGAGAGAAAUACAUAGUGAAAAUUCACAUUGAUCUUUAUCCGUAUAGGUCAUGACACAGCUUAGCUUUCAUUAGAUAGAAUUUCUCUUAAUUGAUGAGACAGGCCCAAUUAAGUGGAACUAGAACAUAAUUUGAAGUGCUUGGAGACUCUCAGUUAAACAGUACAUGUGAAUACAAAAAAUGUUAAGGCCAUUCAUGGAAAAGAAGCAAGAUAUAUUUGGCUUAUCAUUUUGUAAAGCACAGGUAAGAGAUGACAUUUCAGUUCAGUGUGCAACAGCAAGGAAGAUAACAAAAACCCUGGCCAGUAGUAAUCUAACAUCUUGAUUCAUGACGGUGAAUCUAGCUAAAUGUUCCUUUGGAGUUAAAGUUUAUGCUUACUCAGUUUUUCCUGUAGGUUUCUUUUAUGUGGGGGAAUUUUUUGUGCAUUAGUGCCCCCAAAUCACAUACAUUAUAUGUACACAUGACAAACUUUUCCUUGAUGGAUUAGCAUUUUUAUCUACAAAGAUGCUAAUUUUUGAUAAAGAUCAAUUUCAUUUACAUUUUUUUACACUUGUUUUGGCUUAUCCCUUUCCAAAUUUAUAAAAUGGAGAUAAAAAUUGCAUCCAGUGUUUCCUGUCCUUAGACUUAAAUCUGCAGCACAUUAUCAAAAACAUUAUUAGCCUAUUUUCAGCUUUCAAACCUGCCUGUGAUUAGGCAGCCCUCCCCUAAAUUGUUUUCUCCCUUACAUUUCCAAUUUUUUUUUUUUUUAAUUCACAUUCACAUUUUUUGGAGGUAGGUAAAAAUUAUCCUCUUGUUGCUCAUGAGGAAACUGAGGCACAGUGAACAUAGGUAAGCUAUUUAAGAUGCAGAUUAGUGGCUAACAUGUGGCAUGCAUAAUGUACAAGUUAAAUCAUGGAGCACUGCCCGGGUAGCAAUUUGAUAGCCUAUUUUGAUGAUUUCAUGAGACUGAAUCAGGAAGAUAGAAUAGGCCUCCUGCAGCUCUGAUGUAGGGAAGCUCAGAUUAGUCAUGUAACUAGAGAGCCCUGAUAGGACUUAAAAUUCCAGUCAGCUGAUUCCCAAAAUCACCAUCUUUAAUUCUACACUGGCUUAAUAAUUUAUAAAUCUUACUGAAUGAGUAUAGGAAAACAAAAUGAGAAUUCAAAAUAUAUGGUCUUUUAGCAUCUAAGAUCUGCAUUUAGCUUUGGAAAGUUUUUUCUUGCAGCUAUAUUUGUACUUAGCAGAUUUCACUUUUGGAUCAAAAAUAGAAAUUUCAUGUCAUAUUCUCAUAAUCACAUUCUUUGCCCACUCAGAGGCCUUUUAAUUUGGGCAUUGUAGACAUACAAUACACAAUUCCCCUGUCAAAAAGAACUGCUUUAAAAGGUAAACUUAGCCCAAACUACUCCUAUGAUUUUAUGCUAAAAACAAAACAAAAAAACCCAACAUUUGGCAUAUAAGCUAAUCUUAAUAGAGCAAGAACUGCCCUAUCAGCAUGAGAGUAAAUUUCAUCACUUAAUACGCAUGUAGGAACUAUGUUCAUAGGUGCAGGCCUCUGAAGAAAUCCAUGUACGCAGGCAGCCUUGAUUAACAUUGUAGAAGGCCCUUUAGAAGAAGUCUUUUUAAGACCAGUUUUUCAUAACCUCAGGAUGCAUUUGUUUAAAAAAUUCAACUGCAAUGUUAUAUCACUGAGACAAGAUUUAGAAUCCUUAUUAGCCAACUGAUUAUUUAAAUGAUCCAUACUUGAACUUUUUGUGAACUGGCAAUCAGGUUAGCACAUUAUUACACAAAGCAUAAAAAUACAAACUUGCGGAAGUUGUUUCCAAAUGUAAAAAUUUGUAGCAGGUAAUGCCUUUUUCCACUAAAAGCUGCUAUGCUCAUAAUUCAAAGGCUUCAUCAGUAUUUAGGUAUCUUGAUUCUCCAUGCUUCAAAACAAAAAAAUCUUCAGUCUUAAGUCCAUAUCUUUCCAGAGCCUCCUUCAGUUUCACUGGAGGUUCUAAGUAAUGCUGGCAAGGCGGGGUGGGGAGAGAAAAAGAUUUAAGCAUGCGUGUCUUUACAGGGUAUUUCAAAGAGUUGAAACUAAAACAUAUUCCUACCUAAUGCCCUUUCUCUUCAUUGAAGCAUUAGCGAAUCACACUUUCUAAUAUUUAAGUUUGAAGUAGAUUGACUUAUCAAUCUAUCCAAUAACCAUGUAUGUCAAAUUCAUUGCCAACUUAGAUUGAACAUUAUAUUGCAUGACAUUCCAAUCUAAAUAAAAUCAAUGCCAAAAGUGUUAGAGAUUUAAUUAUUAAGAGAUUAAAAUGUUAACAAUUUUUGAAGACUAGCAAUUUAGAUUAGAAGUGAUAGAGUAUGUGUAAACAAAUGCUAGAGAAACUUGAGGCUAAAAAUGGGCUGUUGGCCUCAUUCCCCAGCCAAAUGCAGAUACUACAGUGUAUAGAGUGAAAGGUGUAGGGAAGGGGUUUGUGCUUUAUACACCUUUUUGUUUCCUCCCCAUUUUCAAGGUUUAAAAAGCAUACUGUUUCAGGUUGUCUUGACCUGCUGAAAUGUUUUCCAAAUAAAUUGAGACCACCUGAAUGUUAUUCUAACUACUAAAAAGCUAUGAAUAAAGAAAUUUAAAAAAAG